CAGAAAGCAAGGAGUGACAUCAGCAUGAGAAGCUCCAAGUCUGAACCUCUCCGGCAGCCGUUUGACGAGCAGCUUGCACUAGUUGCAGCUGCCGGCAAUGCAAGAUCGUAUUCAACGAAAGACGUUGACAGAGUCGCUGCUGAAUUGGCACUUCUCCAGACCCAAUCGAGCGCUUGCCUGGCCGCCACGAGGGCAGCUUUCGACGCCCCCCUGCAGCCUCUUCUAAGGACUCUGGUCUGCACGGCCCUGGUGUUUCUGACGUCAGCCUCCGGUAUGGCUUUCGUCAGCCCGGCGGCAGCCGGAGCUGCUCCGGUGACCGUCCUCAGCGGUCCACUUCGACCCCCCAGUCACAGCUUGGGCGUGAGAUCCGCUCAGUCCGCUGUUCCGCUGUGGCCCUUGGCUUUCGUUGAGUACGCCAGCGUGUUCGACGUGCCCAACCCGAGGACCAGCCAUGGGGGCUGGGUGGUGGAUGACGCAAGCGUGAUGUCAGACUCCCAGAAAGGACACAUCGAGCACGUUGCGCAGAAAGUAAAGGACGAAACAGGUGCGGAAAUAGCGCUGGUGACCGUUGAUCAACUUUCGAGGAAGACGACCGCAAAGGCGUUUGCCACAGAGCUUUUCAACACGUGGCGUAUCGGCGACCGGGAGAGGAACAACGGAGUUCUAGUUCUGCUCGUGAAGGAGCAGAGGCGUCUAGAGAUUGAGAUCGGGCGGGGCGUCAAGGGGCCGUUCAACAGGGCCUCCUGGCUCAAGGGCAUGCAGAAGCAAACGAUGGUGCCGCUGCUGAAGAAGGAUGACUUCGGGGGAGGCCUUGUUGCGGGAGUGGACGCGCUCGCGGACAACCUGAGGGCGGUCGAAGCGAAACCGGCAGCAAACGAGAAAUUGACCGACGAGAAACCUUCUCCAGGCAGAGCGGGGCGGUUCCCUCUAAUGAUCGGGACUGGAGAGCGCGCCGCAUCCGGCGGCUUUUGCGCCGGAUUGCGCGCGCACGGAGAAGUUCGCGACGGAACGGCGGAGCACCAGAAGGCACCGGAACAGCCCAACAUCUCUGAGGAUGGAAGCGUCUGGGUUGGUCUCUUAUAUCUGGGGCCGCUGGCGGGUUUUUCUGCUUACCAGUACAAUCAGGACCGGCUUGAACGCAAGCGACUCGAGGAGGAGAUUGCAAGCAAGCAGCGCGAGGAGCUGAUUGCAAGGGUACGACGCGAGGAGCAGAUUGCACGCAAGCGAUUCGAGGAGCUAAUCGCAAACGAGCGCCGCGAGGAGCUGAAUGCAAGAAUCAAAGCGAUCAGCCGUGCGAGCACAAAGAUUGAGAGCAGCGGCGGAACGAGUAGCCGCGGACAAAGCGGAAGCGGAACGUCUGGGGGUAAUGUUGGAGCGACUAACCGCAGAGAAAGCGGGAGCAUCACGAAGACCGGGAGCAGCGCCGGGGCGACCAGCCGAAAAGGGAGCCGAGAGAGUACAAAGAGUGGAAGUGCUUCGUAUACGAGGCCGACCUCGUAUGAUGACGACUAUUACGUCAGCGGCUCGUAUUGGAGCGGGAGUUCGAGCUCCAGCAGCAGCUCCAGCAGCUCUACCGGCUCUAGCUACGGCAGCUCUAGCGACUCUAGUUACAGCAGCUCUAGCGACUCUAGUUACGGCAGCUCUGACUUUGGGGGCGGAUCGUCUGACGGCGACGGAUGCGGGUCCGAUUUCUAG